GAUGACAGAUGUCAAAAGCAAAAAAGUUUUUUUUGUAAACAAACCAAACGGAAUCUUUCCUUCUAAUUUUUGUUUGUCCCCCAAAAAAGAAAAUUUUAUCAAUUGAUGGCAUGGAACAGUCAACGACAAAAGAACCGGAAGACAUCGAGUGCUACAGCAGUGACAACUCCAUGACAACUCCAGCACCAUUCGAGACGUUCUUCGAUGAGCUAAUAAGUACACCGCAACCGGAAACGCUUCAGAGCACAUACAAAACCAUUCCGCAAUUCUAUCACAAACUGCCCAAGAAUGGGGAAAACGUUCCACAAAAAUUGCGCGAAGAAGCUCGCACCCUAUUUCUGCAAAAGCGAAGCACCGAACUGCUGGACAAUACCGAACUGAAAGCGCUGUGGGGUCUGCUGGAAAAGAAUUUCACCCCGCCACUGGUAAAUGCUGAACAAUUCAUCAGCUACGAUGAUUACUUGAACGUCAUAAGAAUUGCCGGAGAUAAGUGCAAGCGUUAUCUGACCGCUUCAGUGUUCGCUAAGCUUCAAUCAGUUAGUGGAUUUCCAGGACGCGUCAGCAUCAUGUCGUUGUUCAACUAUACCAUGAGGAAGGUCUGGCUACAACAAACUCGAAUUGGCCUUUCGUUGUACGACUACACUGGACAAGGAUACCUUAGGGAAUCGGACAUGGAAUCGUACAUUAUGGAACUGAUUCCCACACUGCCACAACUGGAAGGACUAGAACGGUCGUUUCACAGUUUCUAUGUGUGCACGGCCGUUCGAAAAUUUUUCUUUUUCCUGGAUCCGCUGCGAACCGGCAAAAUUCGCAUUCGAGACAUCUUAUCGUGCAGUUUCCUCGAUGAUUUGCUGGAGUUACGGGAUGAUGAGUCGCCAAAGGAUUCACAAGAAUUGAACUGGUUCUCAGCACCGUCAGCGUUGAGUGUGUACGGACAUUAUUUGAAUUUGGACAAGGACCAUAACGGUAUGCUUAGCAAAUCGGAACUUUCCGGAUACGGCAGUGGAACUCUGACAUCCGUCUUCUUAGAUCGUGUGUUCUCCGAAUGUCAUACAUACGACGGUGAGAUGGACUACAAAACGUAUCUGGAUUUCGUACUGUGCCUGGAAAAUCGUCAAGAGCCUCAAAGUUUACAUUACUUGUUCAGAAUUUUAGACUUUGAGCACAAGGGAUACUUGACGUCGUUUACGUUGAACUAUUUCUUCAAGGGAAUACAGGAACAGAUUCUGGCACAUCGAGCGGAAAAAGUGAAUUUCCAAGAUGUCAAGGACGAGAUUUUUGACAUGAUCGGUCGACCGGCCGAUCCGUUGCGCAUUACGUUGAAAGAUUUGAUCAACAGUGGGCAAGGCGACACGAUCGUGUCAAUAUUAAUUGAAUUCCACAAAUUUUGGGCGUACGAAAAUCGGGAAACAAUGGUGGUGGAGUCGACAAACAUCGACGAUAAUUGCGCAUCUCCUUAGAACUUCAAUUUAUCAUUUUUUACCAGAAUAAAAUUUUCAAAA